GCUCCUUCAAUCCUCAGCAUUUCUCUUCCUCGUGUCCUAGAUUCAAUACAGCAGAGUCACUUUCUCCUAAAAAAGCAUGUCAUCUUAACACCACCCAGUGCUGUUUCAGAUAAACGCACAAUUUAGGGAAGCCGGCAACUUUGAAUCUACCUCAUUUGUAUGGAUGAAGUCAAUCUGCUGUCAUCUUCAAAGAAGAUCUCUCCCUUUCCUCCUGCUCUAAUCGUGGUUCAGGGCGGAUGAUGGAGUGAUGUGUCCCAGGUCAUAGGGGUCUGUGUUGGGUCUUGAUUUUUGAAAGCUGGGUCAGCUCUCAAUCUGGUUCUCGUCAGGCUUUGGAGCAGGAACUGGAGGAGUUUGAUCUGAUCUGCUCAAAGAAGUGUGCGUAUGUUUUUGGGACCAGGCGCAAUGGGUUGCACAGCGAGUGUAAUCCUGUUUGAAGGACUGCGGCGUGUUUUGCACAGUAACUGUGGAUAUGUGUGCAAACCAGAGCCUGAGACAUCAGAAGCAACAGAAGAAGAGGAUUCACUCAGUUGCAGAGAUUCACUGACAAUCGCAACGUUGCCAGCUGCAGCUUUGGUCAAACCGAAGGUGAUCGAGCCGUUGGACUAUGAAAAUGUUCUUGUGCAAAGAAAGACACAGAUACUUAGUGAUGUCCUCCGAGACAUGCUGCAGUUUCCUAUUGAUGACUUUCAGAUAUCCACUUUGAAGCGUCAGGGCAGAACUCUGUAUUCGUCUGUACCAGAUGGGGCAGAAAAGAGAGCCAGCAGCCUGCUCGUCCAGGAGAGCAUCAAGACCUAUAACUCUGACUGGCAUGUGGUGACCUACAAAUAUGAGGAUUAUUCUGGAGACUUUCGCCAACUUCCAAAUAAAGUUCCUCGGCCAGAUAAGCUAGCCAAUCACGUGUUUGAGGUCGAUGAAGAUGCAGAUAAAGAGGAGGAUGCUGCCUCAUUGGGCUCUCAAAAAGGUGGCGUGUCUAAGCACGGCUGGCUACAUAAGGCAAACAUGAACAGUGCCAUCAGUGUUACAAUGAGGUCUUUUAAGAGAAGGUAUUUUCACCUGACCCAGCUAGGAGAUGGAUCGUACAACUUAAACUUCUACAAAGAUGAGAAAAUAUCCAAAGAACCCAAAGGAACCAUUUUUCUGGACUCCUGCAUGGGUGUCAUCCAGAACAGUAAAGUGCGACGUUUCGCAUUCGAGCUGAAGAUGCAGGAUAAAAGCACUUAUCUUCUGGCUGCAGACAGCGAGGGAGAGAUGGAUGAUUGGAUCAGCAUCCUCAACAAGAUCCUCCACAGCAGCUUUGAGAUCGCCAUGCAGGAGAGGAGGAACGGCGAGCUCCACGAAGACGAUGAGAUGGGAAAGACAGACCACGUGCCGGGGAAUUUUCAGGACAGUUUUCAGAGUGCGAGAGACAUCGAGUCCAAGAUGAGAAGUGAAACUCGUCUUAAGCUUUUUACACUGGACCCUGACACACAGAGACUAGAUUUGUCUGGCAUCGAGCCUGACGUGAAACAGUUCGAGGAGAAGUUUGGAAAGAGAGUUCUGGUCAACUGCAAUGACCUGUCCUUCAACCUUCAGAGCUGCAUAGCAGAGAAUGAGGAGGGACCUACUACCAAUGUGGAGCCCUUCUUCGUGGUCCUUUCACUGUUUGAUGUCCAGAACAGCCGAAAAAUAUCUGCAGAUUUUCAUGUGGAUCUUAACCAUCCGCUGGUCCGAUCCAUGAUCCCUCCACUGAGUGCGCAGAUUAACGGAGGGGUGGACGCACCUCAUGUGGAAACACCUCUCAUUGAACUGCCAGAGAGGGCACUGCAGUACCCAAGAAAAGGUGUCUUCUCUGUAACUUGUCCUCACCCCGACAUCUUUCUGGUUGCACGGAUCGAGAAAGUCCUGCAGGGAGGCAUCACCCACUGCGCUGAACCCUACAUGAAGAACUCCGACUCCAGCAAGGUUGCUCAGAAGGUUCUGAAGAAUGCCAAGCUGGCCUGCAGCAGACUGGGCCAGUACAGGAUGCCUUUCGCAUGGGCGGCCCGGCCCGUGUUUAAAGACGCUUCAGGAACUCUGGAUAAAAGCGCUCGCUUCUCCGCGCUGUACCGGCAGGACGGUAAUAAACUCUCCGAGGAGGAUCUCUUCAAACUUCUGGCGGAUUUCAGGAAACCUGAGAAGAUGGCCAAACUACCUGUCAUCUUGGGCAACCUGGAUGUGACCCUUGAUAAUGUUCCCCCUGAUAUGGCUAAUUGUGUCACUCCAUCCUAUAUCCCGGUGAGGCCGUUUGAGAACGAUGGACAGAGCGACGGUGUCGUGACAGAGGUGGAGGAGUUUGUUCCCUGUAUUGCCAAGUGCUCUCAACCCUUCACCACCUACAACAAUCAUCUCUACGUUUAUCCCAAGCACCUCAAAUAUGACAACCAGAAGUCUUUCGCCAAGGCGAGGAACAUUGCGGUGUGUGUGGAAUUCAGAGAGUCGGAUGAAGAGAACGCACAACCUCUGAAGUGUAUCUAUGGUCAUCCAGGAGGUCCCCUCUUUACCAAACAUGCCUACGCUGCUGUUCUGCACCACCAGCACAACCCAGAGUUUUAUGAUGAGAUUAAAAUCGAGUUGCCCACACAGCUCCACGAGAAGCACCACCUGCUCUUCACGUUUUACCACAUCAGUUGUGAUAGCAGCACCAAGAAACGGGAUGUAGUGGAGACCCCAGUUGGCUCUGCGUGGCUUCCUCUGCUUAAAGAUGGUCGUGUUGUUAUGAGUGAACAAAACAUCUCAGUGGCCUCUAACUUACCAAGUGGUUACCUCAGCUGCCAGGAGGGCGUAAGCAAGCACUCCAGUCCUGAGAUAAAGUGGGUAGAUGGAGGGCGUCCUCUCUUCAGAAUGUCCACACAUCUGGUCUCUACCAUAUACACUCAGGACCAGCACCUGCACAACUUCUUUUAUCAUUGCAAGAAUAUUCAGUUUGCUGCCCCGCAUCCAGCUGAUGGAGAGCUUGUCAAAUAUCUCAAGAGUCUUCACGCCAUGGAAGGUCACGUGAUGAUCAACUUCCUGCCGACUAUUUUAAACCAACUGGUUCAUGUUCUGACCAGCGCCAGUAAUGAAGAUGUGGCCGUAAACACCACCAAGGUCAUGGUUCACAUAGUUGCCCAGUGCCAUGAGGAGGGUCUGGAGCAUUAUCUGAGAUCGUAUGUCAAGUACGUGUUUAAAACAGAGUCCUUCUCAAACGGUAGCAAUAAGACAGUGCAUGAAGAGUUGGCCAAAGCUAUGACUUCCAUCUUAAAGCCUUCGACUGAUUUCUUAACCAGCAACAAGCUUUUAAAGUAUUCAUGGUAUUUUUUCGAAGCCUUGGUAAAGUCGAUGGCUCAGUACCUGAUGGAGAGCGGCAAGGUGAAGCUAUCCAGGAAUCAGCGGUUCACGGCAUCGUUCCAUCAUGCGGUGGAGACGCUGGUGAAUAUGCUGAUGCCCCACAUCACACAGAAGUAUAAGGACAACCUGGAUGCCGCCCGCAAUGCCAACCACAGCCUGGCUGUGUUUAUAAAGCGCUGUUUUACCUUUAUGGAUCGGGGAUUCGUCUUUAAACUGAUAAACAAUUACAUCACCUGUUUCAUGCCUGGGGAUCCCAAGACGCUGUACGAAUUUAAGUUUGAAUUUCUGCGGGUGGUGUGUAACCACGAACACUACAUCCCCCUUAACCUCCCCAUGCCUUUCGGAAAGGGUCGUAUUCAGAGGUUCCAAGAUUUGCAGUUGGACUACUCGUUGACCGAUGAUUUCUGCAGGAAUCACUUUCUGGUCGGCUUACUAUUAAGGGAAGUGUGCGGAGCCCUUCAGGAGUUUGGAGAAGUCCGUCAGAUCUCCAUUCAAGUGCUGAAGAGUCUGAUGAUAAAACACGCAUUUGAUGACCGAUACGCCUCCAAGAGUCAGCAAGCCAGGCUGGCGACACUCUAUCUACCGUUGUUUGGGUUGCUACAGGAGAACGUUCACAGAGUCAAUGUGAGAGACACGUCUCAAUUAAGCGCCAACCAGAAUGGACGAGAUGACCCCACUGCAACUCCCCAAAAGCCUGUGGGUAACCUUGACAACAGCCUUCAUAAAGAUGUGUUUGGGGUCAUCUCAGGAACCGCGUCUCCUCAUACCUCAACGCCCAACAUCGGCUCUGUGCGGCACGCUGAUUCCCGAGGGUCCUUGAUCAGCACUGAUUCGGGAAACAGCCUCCAUGAGAAGACCAGCGAGAAAAACAGCUCCAUGGAUAAGGUAGAGAAGACUCAGUCAGCUUCUGCACUUGGCAGCUCAAUGCUACGCUGUGAUAAACUGGACAGAGAAGAAAUCAAAAACCUGCUAAUGUGUUUCCUCCAUGUUUUGAAGAGCAUGUCUGAGGAUGCUUUAUUUACAUACUGGAACAAAGCCACAACCUCUGAACUGAUGGACUUUUUCACUUUAGUAGAAGUGUGUCUGCAUCAGUUCAGGUAUAUGGGCAAAAGAUUCAUUGCCAGAAGCCAGGAGGGGGUGGGGUUUUUGGCUCCGGACAGGAAGUCUUUGACUCUUCCUGUCUCUCGUAACAGAGGGAGCGUCGUGCACACGCGCUUACACCAGCUGGGCAACCUGGAGAACGCACACACUUUUAACCACACAUAUAGCUAUGGUGAUGCUGACGCGUGUCUCCUGGAGGCUAACGUCUCAACGGAGGUCUGCCUGACUGUGCUGGACACACUCAGCGUCUUCAUCAUGGGCUUUAAGACCCAGCUGUGUGCCGAUAUGGGCCAUAACCCGCUGAUGAAGAAGGUUUUCCAAGUCCAUCUCUGUUUUCUUCAGAUCCCCCAGUCGGAGACGGCACUGAAGCAGGUCUUCACCUCUCUGCGCACUUUUAUUUACAAGUUUCCCUGUACGUUUUUUGACGGACGGGCAGAUAUGUGUGCCUGUCUGUGUUAUGAGAUUCUGAAGUGCUGUAAUUCUAAACUGAGCUCCAUACGUAGCGAUGCCGCACACCUGCUUUAUUUCCUCAUGAAGAGCAACUUUGAGUAUAGCGGCAGAAAGUCAUUCGUCCGGACGCACCUGCAGGUGGUGAUUGCAGUUAGUCAGCUGAUCGCUGAUGUCAUUGGGAUCGGUGGCACACGCUUCCAGCAGUCGUUGUCUAUCAUUAAUAACUGUGCCAAUAGCGACAAAAUCGUAAAGCACACUGCUUUCCCCUCCGAUGUGAAGGAUCUGACCAAGCGGAUCCGAACUGUGCUGAUGGCUACUGAGCAAAUGAAGGAACACGAGAAAGAUCCGGAGAUGUUGGUGGACCUGCAGUACAGCUUGGCCAAAUCCUACACUAGCACACCUGAACUACGCAAAACCUGGCUGGACAGCAUGGCCAAGAUCCACGUGAAGAACGGAGAUCUGUCUGAGGCUGCGAUGUGUUACGUGCAUGUGGCAGCACUGGUGGCCGAGUACCUGAAGAGAAAAGGAAUGUUUCGUCAGGGCUGCUCUGCAUUUCGUGUGAUCACACCCAACAUCGAUGAGGAGGCAGCCAUGAUGGAGGAUGUGGGCAUGCAGGACGUUCACUUUAAUGAGGAGGUGCUAAUGGAGUUGCUGGAAGCCUGUGCCGACGGUUUAUGGAAAGCUGAACGUUAUGAACUCAUUUCAGACAUCUACAAACUCAUCAUUCCCAUUUAUGAACAACGCAGGGAUUUUGAGAAACUUGCCCACCUUUAUGAGACGUUACAUCGUGCUUACACUAAAGUGAUGGAAGUGAUGCAUUCUGGGAAGAGGCUUCUUGGGACCUACUUCAGAGUGGCAUUUUUUGGCCAGGGUUUCUUUGAAGAUGAGGAUGGAAAGGAAUACAUCUAUAAAGAACCAAAAUUUACUCCUCUCUCAGAGAUCUCCCAGCGCCUCCUCAAACUUUAUUCGGACAAGUUUGGCCAAGAAAAUGUCAAAAUGAUCCAGGACUCUGGCAGGGUAAACCCUAAAGACCUAGAGGCAAAGUUUGCAUACAUCCAGGUGACGCACGUGACCCCGUACCUGGAAGAGAAGGAGCUGGAGGAGAGAAAGACAGACUUUGAGAGGAGCCACAACAUCCGGCGCUUUGUGUUCGAGACGCCGUUUACGGAGUCGGGCAAGAAACAUGGUGGUGUCGAGGAACAGUGUAAACGCAGGACUGUCCUCACUACCACUCACUGUUUCCCAUAUGUCAAGAAGAGGAUAGCAGUGAUGUAUCAGCACCACACAGACCUGAGCCCCAUCGAGGUGGCCAUAGACGAGAUGAGCGGGAAGGUUGCAGAACUACGCGCUCUUUGCGCUGCCAGUGAGGUCGACAUGAUCCGACUUCAGCUCAAAUUACAAGGGAGCGUCAGUGUACAGGUCAAUGCUGGGCCACUUACAUAUGCCAGAACGUUUCUUGAUGAUGCCUGCGCCAAAAAAUACCCAGAUAACAAAGUCAAACAGCUGAAAGAAGUCUUCAGGCAGUUUGUGGAAGCGUGUGGACAGGCGCUGGCUAUAAAUGAAAGAUUGAUCAAGGAGGACCAGCACGAAUAUCAUGAUGAGAUGAAGGCCAGCUACAAAGAUCUGGCCAGAGAGCUUUCCCAGAUCAUGCAUGAACAGAUCUUUACUGUGGAAGGCGGGACUAAGAGCGCUUUGUCUGAUUCGCUGCACAUUUUCAAUGCCAUCAGUGGCACGCCCAGCGGCACCACCCUGCAUGGCAUGCCUAGCUCCGCCUCCUCCGUGUGAUCUCUCACCCCUGGCCUUAAACCUAGAUGAAUGCAUAAAGGCAUAAAAACUACGAAAGAACAAAGAAAAAUAGUAUUUAUUCGUCACCGGGUCUUUCCUUCUCUUCUUGACUUGGACAAAGUUUACACAUUCCUGAAUGGAUUGCCUAUCGAUCAGCAUCCAGGACAAUGGGAUUGAACACGUGUGUCAUGUGCUUGGAAUGGCCAGAUGCAAUUCUCAUGUGACUUGAUGGAUUGAAGGAAGGCACAUGUUUUUCCUAAGGAUUUUUUUGCAACCAGAUUUAAGCAUUAAAAAACGGCAUUUUACUUUCACAUUCCUUCAUUUCUCUCUUCCCAUAUACUCUGUUUCUCCAAUCUUUAAAUUUGUUGCUCUGUACUGAGAGGGAGGAUGUGACAUCACUUCCUCUGACUGGAGUAAUUAUAUUAAAUAUAAAUAUUUAGUGUACCAGGAAGUUUGAGCUUUACUGUACAGAAAAUACCCACGAUCACCUGAGCCACUCAAACUUCUGAAGCUUUCCACACUUGUCCUUGUUUGUUUCCAUAGAGGUGUUAUCAUAAAUCAAGAAACAAGUGCUGUUUCUUUGUAGAAGAGUGCAAUAAUAUUUUAUUUUGUCCUGCUUUUGUUUUCUUAAGAUCUCUUGCCAAAGUGGGAAGGGUAGAUGUGAAAUACAAUAUAUACCGUACACUGAAAAAAAAAGAUUUAUUCAAUUUACUCAAAUUUUUUAAGGUAAGUCAUUGCAAUUAAUUUAUUUAAGCUACAUUUAAACAAAAGUUUUUUAUUUUAUUUUAUUUUUCUAAUUUUUUGUUUAAAUGUAGCUUAAAUAAAUUGAUUGCAACCUACCUUAAAAAUAUUGAGUACAUUGAAUGAAUCUUUUUUUUUCAGUGGACAAAAGACAUGAACAAAUUUUUAUAGCCUUUCUGUAAUGUUUGUUUUAAUGUUCAUGUAAAUUGUUUUAUACAUAUAUUGGUUUUAAAUAUGCGGGGGGUAUUUUUAUUUAAAAAUGUUACCACUCUGGAAAGAUAUUCAUGUCCCCAAAUAAAAUGUAUUAUCUUA